AUGAUAGAAGAAGAUAAACGAGUAAAACAGCUACACAGGCUGCGAGGUGCCCUAAAAGCAAAGCUAACGGUUCUUGACAAAUUUCUUAACAAAGCUAGAGCAGACAUAGAUCUUAUAGAUUUAAACGGUAAAUGUACUGAUGUUGAACGCGUUAAAACAGAUUUUGAAAUUACGCAAAACGAAAUAGAGUCAAUAGUUAGUAACGCAGCAAUCGAUUCCAAAUACGCGGAAAGAAUUGAAUUUGAAAAACGCUUUUCUUACUUAACUGCUCAAGCAGAGCGAAUUCUUAGAGAAAAGGAACCGAUAAUUACAAUUGAUCAAUCAUCAUCAUUAUCUCGUGUUUCUGAUAAUAUCGGUAGCAUAACAAGCCUUCAAGAAAAUGCACUAAUCUCAGCAACUACACGAGUGCAUUGUGCCGGGAAUUCAAUUAAUCUCAAGUCACCAGCGUUAAAUUUACCCAGCUUUAGCGGUACAUGCGAAACAUGGUCCGGUUUUAGUAACACCUUCAAAUCAUCUGUUCAUAACGAUAGCAAAUAUGCUAAUUCUCAAAAGUUACUAUAUCUUCGAUCAUGUUUAACUGGAAAAGACGCAGAAAAAAUUAAAUCGCUCGCAACUACUGAUGCUAAUUAUCAAGUCGCGUGGGAUAUAUUAGAGAAAUAUUAUAACGACCCUCCGGCUGUAAUCAAUAAUCAUGUAAAGGCAUUUUUUGAUUUAUCGUAG